AUGCAAGCAGAUCAGAAAUACCAGUAUAUUGCAGGUUCAUCUGAAUCCCUUUCUCUGGAGAUCCCAACUCUAGCAUGUACGUGCGUGGUGGCCACUCUCUUCUGGCUGCUUCUCACACUGCUGAUUCGCAAACUCAAACAGCCAAACUCCACUAAUGGCAAAGCAGAGUACCUGCCAAUCAUCCUGCAUCCAGGGGAGGAGCCUCUGGUUGAGCACUGUGACAGGUUACAGUAUGAUCCUGCCCAAUGGGAGUUUCCACGUGACCGCCUUAAACUAGAAAAGCCCCUUGGGCGAGGGGCAUUUGGGCGAGUAAUGCAGGCCUCAGCUUUCGGCAUUCGCAAUUCAGCCAGCUGCACCACAGUGGCUGUCAAAAUGCUUAAAGAUGGCGCUACGCCCAGUGAACACAAGGCUCUGAUGACAGAACUGAAGAUCCUCAAUCAUAUUGGUCAUCACCUCAAUGUGGUCAAUCUUCUUGGUGCAUGUACCAAAAAAGGGCCUCUGAUGGUCAUAGUUGAAUACUGUAAGUUUGGCAACCUGUCUGCGUACCUUAAGAGCAAACGAGAGGUGUUCCUGUUGAAUAGGGUGAACAGAGAAGAGGAGGGAGACAUGAAGGAAGGAUAUAAAGGACGAUUGGCCAGUGUGUCCAGCAGCCAGAGCAAUGCCAGUUCAGGGUUUAGUGAGGAGAAAGAAGAGAUCUCAGAGGAGGACAGUGGUUCUUCUCCAAAGGUCAAAACCAGUGCAUGA